UUGUUAUUAAACAUAUAAAGGGUUAAAUUGUAGUGGGCGAGAAUGAUGCAAAUAAUGCCAGCAGAAUCCGUGGGUGAUGAGAGGGAGAAGAAAGAAGAAGCGUUGGGCAUUUACGAGGAGGAAGGUGAGGAGAAGGAAGAAGAAGUAGCGGAUAGGGGCGUGACGGCUGCGGCGGCGGCGCGUGUGGCGCCAUGGAGGAGACAGAUCACUGUACGAGGAUUGAUAGUAAGCAGCAUAAUAGGGUGCAUUUAUAGCGUAAUAGGCAUGAAGCUGUGCCUGACGACCGGGAUAACUCCCAAUUUCAACGUGUCGGCGGCCCUUCUGGGCUUCAUUCUGGUGCGAACAUGGAGCAAGGUGGCGGGGAAGCUGGGGAUCAAAUCCGCGCCUCUCACGCGCCAAGAAAACACCAUCAUCCAAACCUGCGCCGUCGCGUGUUACAACAUUGCACUCGGAGGUGGACUAGGAUCUUACUUGUUGGGGAUGAACAAGAAAUCAUACGAGCAAACGGGAGUGGAUGCGGUUGGGAAUUCGCCCAGUAGUUAUAAACAACCUGCGAUGGGUUGGUUGACUGCAUACCUGCUUGUUGUUUGUUUCAUUGGCCUUUUUGUAUUGAUUCCUCUCAGUAAGAUCUUGAUAAUCGACUACAAGUUGACCUUUCCCACUGGAAUGGCAACUGCAGUUCUCAUUAAUGGGUUUCAGGCCAAGAAUGAUAAGAUGGCCAGAAAACAAGUGAAGGGUUUUGUGAAGUUCAUGUCGUAUAGUUUCUUGUGGGCAUUCUUUCAGUGGUUCUUCAGUGGAAAUGCCGACUGUGGGUUUUCGCAUUUUCCUACUUUUGGAUUGCAAGCCUUGAAGAAAACGUUCUACUUUGAUUUUAGUAUGACGUACGUGGGAACAGGGAUGAUAUGCCCUCAUAUAGUGAAUGUGUCUAUGCUUCUUGGAGCUGUGCUUUCAUGGGGAGUGAUGUGGCCUCUUAUGGAGAAGCGUAAGGGAGAUUGGUUUCCUGCUAAUUUACCACAAUCCAGUAUGAAAACCCUUAAUGCCUACAAGGUAUUUAUCUCCAUCGCUCUCCUCCUAGGUGAUGGUCUUUACCAUUUUACCAAGAUACUGUGUUUUACUUUAUUAAGUAUUCAAGGAAGAAUCAAAAAUAGAAGACGAGUUUCAGGUAGAGUUGAGCAGAACAAAAGCCAUGAUGAUCUAAUGAAAGAUGAAAUGUUCGUUAGAGAAGGCAUUCCAAUGUGGGUGGGAGUAAUUGGGUACAUAGUCCUCACCAUCAUAGGCGUGGGGGUGAUUCCCAUCAUCUUUCACCAGGUCAAAUGGUACUGGGUAAUCCUAGUCUACGCACUCGCCCCCAUUUUAGCAUUCUGCAAUGCUUACGGGGCUGGCUUGACUGACAUGAACAUGGCAUUCAACUAUGCCAAAGUCGGGCUUUUCGUGAUGGCAGCAUCGGGCGGCAAAGAAAACGGUGUGGUGGCCGGGCUAGCUGGUUGUGGCCUAGUCAAGUCGGUGCUCAACGUUUCCGUUAACCUCAUGCUAGAUUUCAAAACAGGCCAUCUCACUCUCACCUCCUCUAGAGCCAUGUUUCUCAGCCAGGCCAUCGGCACUAUCAUAGGCUGUGUGGUUGCGCCGUUGAGCUUCUUCUUGUUCUACAAUGCCUUUGAUGUGGGCAACCCUAAUGGAGAAUACAAGGCCCCAUUUGCCCUAGUAUACAGAAACCUGGCUAGUGUGAGUGUUGAAGGCUUUUCGGCUCUGCCCCAGCACUGCUUGCAGCUGUGCUAUGGGUUUUUCGGGUUGGCGGUGAUGAUGAACUUGGCGAAAGACGUUUGCCCACAGAGAAUAGGGAAAUGGAUACCAGUGCCGAUGGCGAUGGCAGUGCCAUUCAUAAUUGGAGGGAACUUGGGGGUAGAUAUGUGUGUUGGGAGUGUGGUUGUGUAUGUGUGGCAUAAGCUGAAGUCAAAGCAGGCAGAGUUGAUGGUUGCAGCAGUUGCUUCUGGGAUGAUCUGUGGUGAGGGUCUCUGGAUUCUGCCUGCAUCAAUUCUGGCUUUGGCUAAAGUCUACCCUCCUAUUUGCAUGAAAUUCCUGCCUUCUUAAAUAACUAAACCCUAACUAGCUUACUUGGUAUUUUUGGGAAGGACUAGAUGCAAUUAUAUUAAUAUUAUAUUGUAGAUCAACAAUUGAUCAUGACCAAUUCAAUAACAUAAUGGGCAUCA